CCUUCUUCACUGCUCAUUGCCUCUCGAAUCUCAUUCUCAGGCAAUAAGGAAAAGAGAGCAAACGAAAACGAAAAUAUCCCGUCUUUCGCACCGAAACGGGGCGGAGAGACUGUGCUUGAGCUCUAAUGGCGGAGAAACCCCAACCGGUGCUUGUAUUGUACUGUCCCGUCUGCAGUUUGCCGGCGGAGUACUGCGAAUUCGGACCCGAUUUUGAGAAAUGCAAGCCUUGGUUGAUCCGGAAUGCCCCGGACCUCUACCCCGAUCUCCUCAAAGAGGCAAACGCGAAGGAAGCUGCUGAAGCUUCCAACCAACUGCAGUCCACCAGUAUCUCAUCUGCUGCUGGCGAUGGAGCCGCUUCUUCAGCACCUAAGCAAGAGGAAGUGAAACGUCUACCUGGUGGCAAGAUAAAGAAAAAGGAAAAGCAAGAAGUUGUGAUUGAGAAGGUUACACGAAAUAAGAGAAAGUGCAUUACAACUGUGAAAGGGUUAGACCUUUUUGGAGUUAAACUAAGUGAUGCUUCGAAGAAACUUGGGAAGAAGUUUGCUACUGGGGCCUCUGUGGUUAAGGGACCAACUGAGAAAGAGCAAAUUGAUGUUCAAGGGGACAUAGCCUAUGAUAUUGUAGAUUUCCUUACUGAGACUUGGCCCGAUGUCCCUGAAACUGCAAUUUUCUUCAUCGAAGAUGGGAAAAAGGUUCCUGCUGCUUGACAAAGAAAUCAUGGCAAACAAAUAAUAUGGACUUCUGUGCAUCCUUUUCCAUACUUGUGCGAGUCCUUUUAAGAUUCCACAAGUAAGUGGCCAUAACAGUUUUUUUGUUAAAGUUCCAGAAACCUAUGUAUUGGUUCAUGAGACCUUUUGUCCCGCUUUCCUCAAUCCUUGUAGCGUUUUCUCAGGAGAUAAGUUAUUUAAUUUGUCCUUUUUUGUUAAAAAAGGAAAAAAAAACUUGGUCAAACUCUGGGUUUGUAUAGGGGGCUAUCUUGAUCUUGUACGUUUUACACUUUACAGAAAUGACUCAAGAGGCAAUUCUCACCAUAUUUCUCCUCC